AUGGGCCGCCCGGAGCUGGUGCUUCUGCUGCUCUUGUUCCUGCCAUCAGGCCACGGAGACCCCCUGGACAACUACGUGAACACGCAGGGGGCCUCGCUGGUCACGUUCACCAGGAAGCAGCUGGAUGCAGGAAGCAUUGCAGAAUGUGCAGCAAAGUGCGAGGAGGAAGCCUCCUUCACGUGCAGGUCCUUCCAGUUCCACAGCAAGGAGCAGCACUGCGUGGUCAUGGGCGACAACAGCAAGUCCGCCCCGGUGCUCCGGAUGAGGGACGUGGUUCUGUACGAGAAGAGAAUCUACCUUUCAGAGUGCAGGACCGGGAACGGAAGGCGCUACCGGGGGACCAUGUCCAAGACGAGAAACGGGGUUGCCUGCCAGAAAUGGAGUGAGAGUGUGCCACACAUCCCCAAGUACUCACCCACGACCCACCCGUUGGAGGGGCUGGAGGAAAACUACUGCCGGAACCCCGACAACGACGAGAAGGGGCCCUGGUGCUACACCACCGACCCGGCCACCAGAUUCGAUUACUGCGACAUCCCUGAGUGUGAAGAGGAGUGCAUGCACUGCAGUGGCGAGAACUACGAGGGCACCAUUUCCAGGACCAAGUCUGGACUCGAGUGCCAGGCCUGGGACUCGCAGACCCCGCACGCGCACGGCUACAUCCCCGCCAAGUUCCCCAGCAAGAACCUGAAGAAGAAUUACUGCCGGAACCCUGAUGGGGAGCCCAGCCCCUGGUGCUUCACCACGGACCCCAACAAACGCUGGGAGCUCUGUAACAUCCCGCGCUGCACCACGCCCCCGCCGUCCUCCGGGCCCACACACCAGUGUCUGAAGGGCAGAGGGGAGAGCUACGUGGGGAAGGUGGCUGUCACUCUCUCGGGGCACACGUGUCAGCGCUGGAGCCAGCAGACCCCUCACAAGCACAACCGGACCCCGGAGAACUUCCCGUGCAAAAACCUGGAGGAGAACUACUGCCGGAACCCCGACGGCGAGUCGGGCCCGUGGUGCUACACGACCAACAGCGAGGUGCGGUGGGAGCACUGCAAGAUCCCGUCCUGCGAGUCCUCCCCGCUGUCCUCGGAGCAGGCGGACGCCACAGUGCCCCCCGAACAGACGCCCGUGGUCCAGGAGUGCUACCACGGCAACGGGCAGAGCUACCGCGGCACCUCGUCCACCACCAUCACCGGGCGCAAGUGCCAGUCCUGGUCGUCCAUGACCCCGCACCGGCACUCGAAGACCCCGGACAGAGUGCCCAACGCCGGCUUGACCAUGAACUACUGCAGGAAUCCCGACGGUGACAAGGGCCCCUGGUGCUACACCACCGACCCCCAGGUCCGCUGGGAGUUCUGUAACCUGAGGAAAUGCUCAGAAGCUCAGGGCGCGGCCACCAACGCCGCGCCCGCGGUCCAGGCUACCAGCUCCCAGGCCUCUCCAGAAGCAGACUGCAUGCUCGGCAACGGGAAGGGGUACCGCGGCAAGAGGGCCACCACGGUGGCCGGCACCACCUGCCAGGCCUGGGCCGCCCAGGAGCCCCACCCGCACAGCAUCUUCACGCCGGAGACCAACCCCCGCUCCGGGCUGGAGAAAAACUACUGCCGGAACCCCGACGGCGACACCAACGGGCCCUGGUGCUACACGACGGACCCCAAGAAGCUCUUCGAUUACUGUGACGUCCCGCUGUGCGUGUCCUCGGCGUUCGACUGCGGGAAGCCCAAGGUGGAGCCGAAGAAGUGCCCGGGGAGGGUCGUCGGAGGGUGCGUGGCCAACCCGCACUCCUGGCCGUGGCAGAUCAGCCUCCGAACAAGGUUCGGAAUGCACUUCUGCGGAGGCACGCUGAUAGCCCCGGAGUGGGUGCUGACCGCCGCCCACUGCCUGGAGAGGUCCUCUCGGCCUUCGUCCUACAAGGUCAUCCUGGGCGCGCACCGCGAGCGGAACUUGGAGCCGGACGUGCAGGAGCGGGAAGUGUCCAAGCUGGUGCUGGAGCCCUCGCGGGCCGACAUCGCGCUGCUGAAGCUGAGCAGCCCUGCCAUCAUCACCCAGAAGGUGAUCCCGGCGUGUCUGCCGCCCGCCGACUACGUGGUCGCCGACCGGACGGUGUGCUACAUCACGGGCUGGGGAGAGACGCAAGGCACCUUCGGCGCCGGGCUGCUGAAGGAGGCGCAGCUGCCCGUGAUCGAGAACAAGGUGUGCAACCGCUACGAGUACCUCAACGGCAGGGUCAAGUCCACCGAGCUCUGCGCCGGGCUGCUGGCCGGGGGCGCCGACAGCUGCCAGGGCGACAGCGGGGGCCCUCUCGUCUGCUUCGAGAAGGACAAGUACAUUCUACAAGGCGUGACCUCCUGGGGCCUCGGCUGCGCUCGCCCCAACAAGCCCGGCGUGUACGUCCGAGUGUCCCGGUUUGUCAACUGGAUCCAGGCGACCAUGAGGAACAACUAG